GCGUGAGCGCUGCGCGCGGCUGUCUAGGGGUCUGUAGGCGCUUGGCGGGAGGUGCCGGGGGAGCGGCGCCAUGCGGCACCUGCCGUACUUCUGCCGCGGGGAGGUGGUGAAGGGCUUCGGCAGGGGCUCCAAGGAGCUGGGCAUACCCACCGCUAACUUUUCUGAGCAAGUAGUGGAAAGCUUUCCAUCAGAUAUCUCUACUGGUAUAUACUAUGGAUGGGCCUGUGUUGGAAAUGGAGAUGUACAUAAAAUGGUUUUGAGCAUAGGAUGGAACCCUUUCUAUAAGAAUAUUAAGAAAUCAGUGGAAACCCACAUUAUCCACUCGUUCAAAGACAACUUUUAUGGAGAGAUUCUUAGUAUAGUCAUUAUUGGAUGUAUUCGAUCAGAAAAAAACUUCAGUUCUUUAGAGGCACUGAUUUCAGCAAUUCAGGAAGACAUUGAAGAGGCAAAAAGACAGCUAGAUUUGCCAGAACAUCUUAAACUCAAAGAAGACAACUUCUUUCAUCUGUCAGAAGGCAAAACAGUAAACCACUAAGCAAAACCAUGUGGGAAUUUUUCAUCUCAUGGAGGUCUCUUCUUUGUGCUAUCAUGUAUUAUUUGAUAUAUGAUGUAUGCAUAUGCACUGGGUCUGGCUGGUAUGGAGUUAAUUUUCUUCAUAGCAGCUUAUAUGGUGCUGUGGUUUAGAUUUGUGACUGAAACAAUUAAUGUAACACACCAAUGUUUUAGCUGUUCCUGAACAGCUUGCAUAGCAUCAAGGUCUUUUCUGCUUCUCAUGCUGCUCCUCCAGUGGAUAGAUUUGGCCUGUGCAAGAGAUCAGGAGGGGGCACAACCAGACAGAUGACCUGAACUAGCCGAAGAUAUUCUGUGCCAUAUAGUGGGCAUACUGAGGAAUAAAAUGGAGGGGAGGGGGUUUAGAGAGGUUGGCCAUCUUUUGUUUGGGAGCUGGCUGGGCAUCUGGUGAGCUGGCCUUUGUAUCAGUUGUUUUCUUUUUGAUUCUUCCAUUUCUGCUUCGCUUGUUAAUCUAUUUCUGUUUUGACCCACGAUUUUUCUUGCUCGUGUUCUUUUUCUCCCUGUGCCACUGGGGGAGAAAUGGCCUGGUGGCUCUAUGGUGCUUAGCUGCCUGCCGCAGUGAUCCUGCAACAACAUGUUUAAGUAAUUGCAAUUGAAUCUAAACACUAAAACCACAUUGGGUGAUUUAAGUUGAUGUUACUUGAUCAUUUAACCAGUGAUGGAAAAGGAGUGGAAGGCUACUUCAGGUCUUUACAGAAAAAUCGUGAAUCCAAAUAUUACCAAUCAUUUAGAGAUGUUAGCACAUGUGGAACAAGGCCAAAGUUAGUUGGGUCUGUUCUGUCCCUAAGGUGUGGCGAGUUAAAUACUUCAAUGAAGACUGUCAGUUUUUCAGACAGAGAAUGUUAUUCCAAACUGUUUUCCCAAUUUUCUAUCAUUCUUAGAUCCGGACUGUAGACAGCAGCUUAGAAAAUUUUUGUAUUGAUUUAAUAAAAAGUUUAUCUGUGGUGCUGGAAGCCAAUGAUUAGAUAACAGUAACGAUUCACUGUAGUUCCUAUUUUUGAUGUGUUAUACAACUAUCGUGGUUGUAGCUGUCAUUUAAAUUGAAAUUAUUUAUUGUAAUUUUAAUUGAAAUAGAGGAAAUGACUGUUACUCAUUGAAUUACUGGAAUGUGAGCUAGAUACUUCUGCCUAGUUGACUAUGUGUAUGACAACACAUAAUCUGUGUAGGUGCCUUCUGAGGACGCAUUUCACUAAAAUUCUGUAUGUGAAUGACAGGGAGAAAGUCGGUACACUGCAAAAGUUCAGACUUACUGGGUGGAGAACCAAUCUAGCAGUAUUUUUGCUCUUUGGGCCCUAAGGCAAAGGAAGUAACUAAAGGCAACUGCAUUUUAGUUGCUGCUGGCAGCUGCCUUAGAUGAGGAAAACUUCUGGGUUAUUCACCAUAGUGACAGUGAAAUGGAUGACUUGAAGGUUGAAGUUAGAAUGUAAGGCACAGGAAAAUCCUUUCAACCUCUCUACACUGAAGUGUGGGUGACAUCCAAGUUUUUGGCUGUAGAUCAGUGAAAGCCUUUGGGGAUUCUUGGAAUAAUACACCAACACUUUAGUAGAUAUUGAGUAUUUAUAGAAGUUUUCGAGGCCUUUCCCACUCUGAAAUAUUUGCACAGAUAAAAGUCAAAAGUGAAAGUAAUUUGGAAAAUAUUUGUUGUGUGUGUACGUAGUAUGUAUGUGUAUAUAUAGUGUGCACGCGUGCUUCCAAAUCUACUCCAACCCCCCAGUAUAAUUUUCUGAAAUUCCUCCUUUCCCCAUCCUAUUCUGAUGCUGUAUUUCACUGUAGCAUUUCAGAGACCUCUGUCAAGGUAGCCAUGUGGGAAUUCUCUGUGACGGGCACUGUCAGCCUGCCAGGGUUCUAGUUCGUAAUGUUUUAACUUGCAGUCAGUGUCAUGGGCUGUUUGGGAAAAGGCCUUGGGCGAGCCAAGGAGUCCCUGUAGCUGUGCAGGACUUCGUGCAAACAUUGUUCAUAACUUUAACUCCAAAGACAUUGGCAGUUUUGUUCCUAACUGUUGCCUGCACGUUUUCAGCACACUUUGGCUUAUUCAUAGGAAAACAUUAAAAUAAAAUGACCUUAUCUGCUGCCAGAAAUACUUACUUUAAAAACAAACACAAACCCUGAAAAACCAAAACCAGUUUAAUAGACUUUUACUGUAUAUAUAUUGGAAAUCUGUACAAGAAUUUUCUGCAGAGUGAGGUUGUUUGUUUUUUCCUCCACCUUUCAAUUGAGAGUUGAUAGGAAAAUUUUUUUCCACUUUGUUUUUCCCUAGUGUAAGGAGGCAUUUUUGAGUAAAAAACAAUAUCAAGGUCUUGUUCCUCCAGAAAGGUAAAAUAUAAAACAAAUAAUAGCCAUGGUAAUCGAUGUAAUACAUUGUCAAGAGCAUAUUUAAAGAAUAAAUCUUUCUUGAUUGUGGUAUUACAGCCAAGCUCAUAGCUGCCUUUUAAAAUUAGUUUUUGUCAGUGAUUUCAUGUUUCUGUUGUGGAAAUUGUAGUGCUUUAAGCUGCUUAUCUUAGUAAUGCUAUUCUGUAACUGCUGAUGAGUGCCACUAUCCAAAAUUAAUUUAAUAAUUUGAUUUUAAAACCACUAUGCUUGAGGAUUGAGAACAGUAGCAAAAAGAAAACUCAAGGAACUUAGUUUGCUCACAGCUCUCACCUGCAGUGUGAAGUAUGUAUACAGUAAAGUAAUAAACUGUUCUCUGCGUGUUUGCCUUCAAGUUACAGAAAAGGUAAUUUCAUUCAUUUGGCUGAGUUUACCUGUCUCUGCAUAUUAUUUAAUAGCAAAUAUUGUAUAUUGAUUUUUAAGUUCCAAACAUGAUUCGUAGCACAGUAUAAACUUUAUGAAGGGUUAUAUUUUCGUAUUAUGUGCAAGUAGCUAUGACAAUAUAUGUUGUGACACUGUACCAUUAAUCAAAGAAUGUAACUGAGAAAGUAGCAAUGCUGCUUAUCACAGGUUUUCUGAUUUAUUGUAUGUGAUGCAAAUCAUCUGUGCAUAUUCUUAGUGUAUACUGAAGUAGGCACUGCAGAGUUCUUUCAUUACAGUGCUUAAGCUCUCUUCAGAUUCAGGGAGGGAGAAUUGUUGUUCUUGCAUACAAAUUUGGGGAUAAAUUAUUUAUGUUCCAGAUGUUUGCAGUUCUUUAUUUGUAAGACAGUAUGUGAACACCAAGUGUGGUGUAAGAGUCACUGAAAUUGUUGGAGUUCGAGUAAUAUCAAAUACUUUUAAAAUAAAGCCUGUAGUGCAUUUUAA